GAUCUGGACGAGGCCCUGCCGGCCUUGGAAGUGGCUGUGCAGUGCUUGAAGAGUCUCAAGCUCAGUCACAUUCAGGAGGUGAAAGCACUGGCUAAUCCACCGGGUGGAGUCAAACUUACUUUGGAGGCGAUAUGUAUUAUGUUCGAGGUCAAGCCGACUAUGAAGAAUGACCCCGAGCGGCCUGGGAAGAAGAUCACUGAUUACUGGGAGAGCGCGAAGAGCCAAGUAUUGAGUGAUCCUAAGGGGCUUUUGGAGAAAUUGUUUGCUUUUGAUAAGGAUAACAUCCCCGAGAAAGUUAUUACUAACAUCGAGCCGUAUAUAGGGAGGGAAGACUUCGACCCGGCUGUGAUUAAGAAGGCGUCUGUGGCUUGCGAGGUGAGACUUUACUGUGGGGUUGUGACUAGUUUGGGCACUAAGAUCUACGUUGAGCUGACAG